UUAGGAAGAGGAUACUAAAAAUCUUGCAAAAUGGAAAUGGAAGGACUUGACAUUUUAGAGCCAACAGAUCUUUAUAAUAUGCUUCAGCAAGCUACCAUUUAUUCGAAUUUAAGCGACCCUAAUUAUUUACUAUUGAUAGAUGCAAGGAAUAAAAAUGAAUAUAAUGAAAGUCAUGUUGUAACUGCUAAGAAAGCACCAAAGGAUGCUGAAGGGUCUUUUAGAGUUCCUUAUGAUGCUGAACUGGAGUGUAAACAAAAUGUCGUUGUUUAUGACAGUAACACAAAAACAAUCCGUGAAGGAGGUCAAGCCAUAGACUGUGGGAUGAUGCUAUGGGAUAAAGGAAGUAGAAAUAGAGUUAAAAUACUAAAAGGUGGUUAUGAGGAAUUCUCAGCACUGUAUCCAUUCCUGAGAACACAGAAAAUUAUGUUCAUGCCAAAGGAAAUGGAUGAGAUGAAGUCCUACCCUAUUGAGAUCAUACAUGGGUUUCUAUACCUGGGAAACUGGAGACAAGGCAAUGCCAGAUACAUUCAGAAAGACUUAAAGAUCAAAGGUCAUAUCAACUGCUGUUUGGAGUCAGAAACAUUCUUUUCAGAGCCUGGACCCCAUUUGUUACACCUACAGGUCAAUGAUGAGGCAGAAGCUGACCUCUACAGUAAACUACAGCAUGCUUGUGCUUUCAUAGACACACACAAGGAGAAGAAUGAAGCAGUGCUGGUGUUCUCUUCCCUUGGGAUCAGUCGUAGUGCCACAGUGGUUGUUGCCUACCUCAUGCACCACUACAAAUGGACACUUAAGGAGGCUUAUGGUCAUCUCACACAAUGCUGCUCAACAGUUCGACCAAACAGAGGAUUCAUUCAGCAGCUCUCUAAAUUUGAAGAAUAUUUAUUUGGAAAAGCUACAACACAAAUAGAAGAUCCAAAUUAUUAA